CGCUCUGACACCAAACACGAUCCGACACUUCUGUCGAGUGAUGUCGAAAGCCCGCAAACUCGCUCAUGCGCGCGUUGGAAACGAUUGGACUCGAGGCUCUGUAACCGAACAUCCCACAGACCCCCGUUGAACUCAUGGAUCCCUGUAGGUCCUAGUUUACUUCCGAAAUUUCCGGGUCGUCAAGUCGACGCCAUAGAACUGGUGCAAGUGCUCUUGUUCUCGAUACGGAUACACGACGCAGUCCGCUGGCUACAUACAGUUACAAUUGCUCUUUCGCUGCCCGCCAUCCACUCCUUCCCGCUACAAAUGCCUGCCACAAAACGCUCGACUCGGGUGCACGCUAUACGGUACAAACGACUGACACCCAGCUCGCUCACAAGGGCGCAUCAUCCGCGACGUGACGACCCUCACCGACAUCCCCGGCGCUGCGUUCCCCUGCGCUGGCUGGUGGCGGUAAAGGACGACCGACUGCUCGCAGCACGACUCCCAGUCACCCGGAGUAAUGUACACAGUUGGGUUUUGCACUGGGCCGAGGGUGUAAUCCAGAAAAAAGAGAGCAGAGCUGCGCAGGGAGCGGAUCAGGGCCUCGAGGACGAGGUCGGUGCUGAUGGUCACCGCGCGGUGCACGUCCUUGAAAACCGUAUGGAACACGCGGAAGGAGGCGACCGGGACGGCGGUGGCACCACGCUCUUCUAUAGAGCAGCAGCACUCAGUCAGCAUGAUACAUGGGUGUACAGCGAUCUUGCGUGUACUCGCCCCGCGCGAUCUCGAUCACGAAGGACAUCCCUUGGGUGAAGAUUCGGUCUCGGAAGAUGGCUGUGGUUUCCGGAAAGGCGUGUGGUAGGCGGCUGGAGACGCCUCCGAAGGCGGGGUCUGUGAAUACAUUGCAAUCGAACUCAGUGCGCCUGAGCUCGGUCAUGUAGGUCACGAGGGUCUCAUUCGCAACACUCGCGUCGGCGAACGACAUGAUGCGAGGUUCUGGAAAGCGUUGGACGAGGACAGACAUCUGGUGGAGGAGAAGAGGCUGGUGUUCCUUCAUGGCCGCGAGGUGGAGGUAUAUAACUGGGAAUUCCUGCGCUAUGGCCCUCGAGAUGAGGUGCCCGAUUGGGAAAGACUAGACAUCCAGAAUACCUGUCCAACUCAGCCAAAGCGCAAUGCAAAGACAAA